AUGGCGAGCAAAGAUCAAAUAAAUUCUUUGUCAAAGGUUAAACAGCCGUUGCAGGAGAAAACUAUAUCUACAAGGGAUGGCAAAAUGCUUGAUUGGGUCUUUCUGCAACGGAGGGAAUUUCCGAAUCGUAGAUUUUAUUUUGACGACAGUAUAAAAAUUAAUGUGAAAAAAAGUAUGAUAUUAGGUAUAAAGAUGCUUGGAGCUGCAGUUGAAUCGUUUUAUGACGUUGAGAAAGUUACUCAUAUAAUUACCUCAAGGUUACUCAAAAAUGAAAACAAUGAAAAUAAGGAGGACGAAAUAAAACGAUGUAUUAACGAAACUGUAGCCGCUGCUACACAAUCCUUGCCUAAGAAGCAUACUUCGACAAUGACAGCACUUAAAACCACUACAAAAAGGGCUUUUGGUACAAAUAUAACUAAUAAAAAUACCAUACAGAAUGACACUACGAAGAAAAGGGUAAAGCUAGACUGUUCUGAAAUAACAAAUCCUGACAAAAAAGUAUUCGGGUCGAUCGCUACAACUAACGUAAUGGGAGACAUUGAUCUUGCUGAUGCGCAAAAAAGAGGGAUUAAGAUUUGGCACGUCGACAAAUUUAAAAAAAUUCUUAGCAGAUUACUCGACACUUCAUCGGUUGACCCACCAAAAGUGGACCAUUCAUUCCUACAAUCUUCAUCGACCGACGUUACAAAGCCUGCUAAAAAUCAAAUCUUCUCAAUCAUAGUCGGCGAUAUUGCAAACUUUCAUCGACCUAUAAUUUCGCGACAGUACUUGGGUGAAGAGCAUCUCAUAAGCUUUCAUUUUGAUAUACCCGAUUCAGUGUCUCCAUUUCAAACUUAUUCCAAAAAAAAGUCAAUUCAAACUAAGCUGUCUGCAAGUUUGAAUGUUGCUAAUUCUGCAGCUGCGCCUGCAAAUCCUACUAAAGACGGUGACCGAGAAAAACGCGAAAAUGAAGGUAAAAGAAUUGUUGCGCCACUUAGAGAUGAAUCGGGAUAUUGUGAAUAUUGUUCUGUUAAAUAUGAGAGUCUUGCACAG